AUGGCCUUAAACUACCUCAUGUGGAAUGGAGAUUUGGUUCGAAAAAGCAAAGAUGAGCUACUUUUGAGAUGCUUAGGAAAAGAAGAAUACAUGAAGGUCAUGGGAGAAGUCCAUGAAGGAAUCUGUGGAGCACAUCAAGGUGCAAGAAAAAUAUGGUUGUUGAUUAGAAGGUAUGGUUAUUUCUGGCCUACCGUGAUGAGAGACUGCAUAGAAUAUUCCAAGGGAUGUGAAGCUUGUCAAAGACAUGGUCCAUCCAGCAGGCUCCCUCAGUUCCCGUGA